AUGUUACUAUUGGAGAUGCGAGAGAAGACCUUUUAUCUCCAGGCCCCCUACAGGGACUAUCCUCCAGAAGCAACCAGUGGUAUUGUCAACCUCAGCUUUGUCUGGUGGAUAAACCGGCUGUUCAUGACGGGGUACCGAAAGCUCAUGGGGAAUCGAGACCUCUAUGAUCUUGAGCCCGGGCUUGCCUCUGGCCUUGCGGGCGAACGACUGAAGAGAGAGUGGGAGAAUCAUGGUCUGUUCAUCUCCAAUACUUGUUGCAACUAUCGCAUGUGCAAUAUGUUAACAAGCUUGAAGGCCCGCGAAAAGCAAGCUCUCUCCCCCUUGUGUAUUUGUCCGCUGUUUCUGGAUGGAGUUUCUCGCCGUGGUGUGGCCUCGACUUUGUCUGAUUGGAUUCAGCUUCGCUCAGCCUUUUCUGAUCAUGGCGGCGGUCCAGCAUGUAGAGCGACCGAUGACUACAGAGACCCGAAACCGUGGCUAUGGCCUCAUUGGGGCCACCUUCCUGGUUUAUCUGGGUAUAGCGGUAGGCUCCUACUGUGCUAUACGUACAGUGCAUCUCUAAUUGCAAUUGCAGGUUUCGAAUGUCCACUACAGACAGCGCUUCUCGCGGGUGUCCACGUUAUUCCGAGGAUUGACGCAGAGGAUGGUGAAACUAGGGGGGGUGCGGUGGCAGGCAAGCGUUCCCGGGCCAAGAUUCUGCCUCUGUUAGGCUACAUCAGGUUAAUGAAUUUUGAUUGA